AUAUUAGUGGUAGUCUGCUUUGCAAUUUCAAUACAAAAAGGUGCUCGAACAUUGUAACGGCAAAAUCGUUGUUUUUAACUACUGUUAGUUUAUUUAAUAACUCCUUAUGGGUAAAUUUAAUUUUUACUUAAAUUCGAAUAGACUUUCGAUCGACAUGAUUCUAAUUAAUAAUUAUUGUGAUCAUUAUUAAAAAUACAUUUCCUGUAUAUGGUUUCUUUUGUACUUGCAAAUUACGUUAAAUGAAGGAAUUCCCCGAAGUUUUGUGUUGCUGAAUUUUUUUUCAAUAGUGUAACAGUUAUAAAUUUUCAAACUUCCAAGAAAAAUGUGUGGUUAAGUUACAAACAGGAGUCAGAUUAAAAUUUACAAAUACUACUCAUGAUAUUUUCGACUCUUAACUGAUGGGAUGAUGACCUGGUUUUAUACCACUCUUUUAUCAAUAGAGUACACAUCUCUCAUUAAAAAAUAUUGAGAGUUCGCAUAAGUAUAGUGUAAACAAAUACAAAAGAACAAAUACAAUGAAUUAAUUUGUACCAAACAACUAACAGUGAUAUUAUGACAACCAAUAUGUCUUCUCCAAAUGCUGUUUGUUCUGAUGAAGAUAUAAAAUGUCAUUUUUCAGGGGACGACGAAACAAAAUUAACCAGCCCUCUAUUAUAUUUUUCUUACGGGAUGAUACUAUCAGUAAUAGGAAUUGUGGGAUUAGUCGGAAAUGGUUUGGUGUUGGUAGUAUUUACCAGAAUAAGAAAACUAAAAGGGCCGUUUUCCACCUUUGUUUUAAACCUGGCGUCUGCUGAUUUUGCUACAUCUAUACUGCAUUUUAUGCCCGUUGUUUCAUCAUUCAAACAAAAAUGGAUUUUCAAUAACAUAGGAUGCAACAUAUACGCUUUUGGAGUCGGCCAAUUUGGCUUGGUAUCUAUAGUUACUCUUUCGACUAUUGCUGUUGAAAGAUACAUGGUGAUAACAGCAAAGCCAGUCCCUGGAUCGUGGAAAUUAACACGACAAGGUGCAUUUAAAGUAUGUACAAUUGUUUGGAUUUAUUGUUUAAUGAUAACAGUACCUCCACUUCUUGGUUGGUCCGAGUAUGUUUUAGAAGGAAUCGGAACAUCCUGCUCAUGGAACUAUACAACUAGAACGCUUUCAAACCGUUUAUAUUACAUCUACAUACUCUUCUUCGGAUUUUUAUUGCCAGUUUUAAUAAUUGCAUAUUGUUAUGUAUUUAUUGUUGUAUCAAUAUUAGAUCAUAACAAAGAAAUGGCCGAUUGCAAUAGCAGCAUUAGAUCACAAGGCUCAGAUAGUUGUGAUAAUAAAUUUUCAUUAAAUGUGCCCAGGCGAGAUCAAUCUAUGCCUAUACGAUCAGCUCUAAGAACCUCUUAUAUAAUUUUGAUUUUGAUAGCAUUAUUUAUGAUUGCUUGGACACCAUAUGCAAUUGUUACAGCUAUUGGCCAAUUUGGGGAAAAAACAUUGUUGAAGCCAUGGAUAUCUUCACUACCUGCAAUAUUUGCUAAAGCAUCUGUUGUGUAUAAUCCAAUAGUAUAUGGUUUAUCACAUCCACAUUUCCGAACAUCAGUUAAACAAUUCAUUUCUGGAUAUACGACGGCUGGUGAGAGUCACGCAGAUUUUUGUACUCCCGGGCGCAAUAAUCGAUUGACUACUGCAAAUUAUCUAAAUAAGUUAGCUCUAUUCGCUAAUCAGACUAAUGACAGGUCUAAUAUAAUUGAACUGAAGUGCGUGCGACAUCGGACGACUCAAGGAGGUACCAACUCAAUGUGUUUGGAUUACUACAGCGAACCAGACUGCAGGAGCUUAACAUUGACUAUGGAACCAAACAAAAGAGAGGCAAUCAUAAAAAUCGAUAAAGUUCCAUUCAAAGUAGUAUUAUCGUCUGUCAAAAGUAAAAGCAUAAAUAAUAAAAUUAAUUCAGUCGUAGAUAUGUGAUCCAACGACAAGGAACGUAAAUUUAAUCAAACAUGAUGUAAACCAGAGCACACUCUUAACCAAUCAACUUAAUUACGAAUUAUAAUGUUUUCAGAUACUUUUAAUUUCGAUUCCAAAUACUCAUAAUUUUAAUUAUAAAAUUGUACGUACUUUAAUUAGAAAUACGGAAACUACUUUUCGAAUAGAAUAGUUUUCAAAAAUUUAUUUACAAUUUAUCGGUCAAAAAUUAUUCAU